GUACCGUGCACUGAGUAUUUUGAAUGGUUCUGGAUGCGGUAGAGCACAGCCGUCCCUCGCCGGAUUUCGCCCCGAGUGUCACACCCAUAAAAGGGAAGACCUGGAACUAUUGUGUCCAGAUAUAACUUAUCGUCAUUUCCCAUGUACUGUAACUUACACCUAUUCGCUACUUAGUGUAGACUCAGUGAACGGUUUCGACCCUUCCCUCUACUUCUGGUCGGGCUCGGUGAGCUGCCUGCAAAGCAACGAGGUGGGUACCUCUUUUGACGAAGACUAGGACACAAUGAGCGACGUCGAGCUCAAAGACCAGAGCCAGACUCCAAAGUCUGCAGACUCCGAUACCCUCGAUCCUCUUCCAACGGCUACAACAUUUGCAAGCCCUGUUGCCCAUCAUGGCGUACAAGGCUAUCCUGCGCUUCGCCACCGCCGCCAAUCCGUAUCUUCUGCUCUCAGCCACCACACGUCAAUCCAGAGUGCAGCUUCUCUCGCUUCAAUCGACAGACCACCUUCACGCACGUCGUCACCUGAGGGAAAGCUCCCCGCAGCAAAAGUAUAUCACCCAUUGUCACCUCACGUCCUUGCCUUGUUGAUGCCUGCAUCGAUAUUUGGCGUCUUGGCGAGGUUGGGCAUUCAAGCGUUAGCGGGGUAUGACGGUAAGAGUAUCUUCCCGCUUGCCUGGGUGCAGGUGAUGGGAUGCGUGAUUAUGGGAUUCGGAGUCGGUAUUAAGGAUCCACUUGGUCAGUUCUAUGGUCCCCUGUAUACUGCAUUGACUACCGGAUUCUGUGGAUCGUUGACCACAUUUUCUGGGUGGCAACUAGAUGUCUUUCAAUCAUGGUUAAAUGUUGAUCAGGAACCUCGAGACUGGUUCCGUGAUGUCAUAGACGGCCUAACAAAGAGUUUGUUUACGCUGGCACUAUCACUCGCCGCCGUCAUGUUCGGCUCCCACUGUGCAUCAAUUCUGCGAAGACGCAUCCUACCACCGAUCCAAUUAGCCCCACCACCCCGCAUAGUUCGCUAUAGCGUAUCGGUAUUGGGAGUACUAAUAUAUGCAGCAGCAUACCCUGCAUACUUUGAAUUGCCUGCAAAGUUCCGACACCAAGCAACAGCGGCGCUGUUGUUUAGCUUUCCAGGCACCUUGUCACGCUACCUCUUGUCGAUAUACCUCAACCCAGCGCUGUCAUUAUUUCCAUUGGGGACGUUUACAGCGAACAUGUUCGGCACGGCAAUGCUGGGGGUGUUCCAUGUCCUGCAAGGACUCAGAAGUCCGCUUAGCCCGAAUGCUUGUGCGGUGAUGCAAGGCCUCGCGGAUGGGUACUGCGGUUGUUUGACAACGGUAAGCACAUUUGCGGUAGAAGUGGUGACAUUGGAAGAGGAGAAGAGUUGGUUCUAUGUCGUGUUGAGUUGGGUGACGGCGCAGCUAUUGUUGCUGGUGAUUUUGGGCCCGUCGUACUGGGCCGGCAACGUGAAUGAACAGACCACAUGUGUUUUCAUUUCGUAGAAUUUGUAGCUAGUAGCUAGGUAUUUCUGGACGAAAAUCGUUAUACCCCUAUAGAGAAAAACUGCGACUGAAUGUGUCUUUUAUCAUUGAGAAA